AUGUGCCAACUAGCCGUCUUCUGGCACAACUGCGACCAUCUCAUCCUCCAAACCCUCACCUGCGCCCUCACGUCUACAUCUACAACAAUCGUCCAUCCCCACGAUCCCACCUCUGUCGCCAUCGUCUCAGAACCAUGCACCCUCUGCCGACCCCAACACCAACACCCACCACCACCGCACCUGAAUCAAGCGAUACCAUACCUCAAAGCCAACCUCCUAACAGCCCAAACCCUCGCCUUCAUCCUGGGCGCCGAAAUCUCCCACCCAGGCUUCCUAGACAUGAUAGCGCGGUUCUACGCGCGCGGAGACCACAAACGGUGGAAUCAGCCGGGGGCCGCGUCGUAUACGUGCGAAGACAGCGCGAGGGAGUAUCUAUCCGUGCUGGAGGAGAUGGAGAGGAGGGGGGCGCGGGGUGAGGAGUUUUUCUCUGUUGAUGAGGUUGUUGAGUUCGUUGCUGGGAUUGAGGAGGGGGAGUUGGAUUGUUCGGCGAAUACGCCGUUUAGUCAGAGGGCGUUGAAUUGGGGCCCGGAUGCGGUUUUUUGGCCAGGGAAUUAUUACUAUACGGUUGAUUCUGUGGAUUCGUUGGAUAAUAUAUUUGCUGGGGUGGAUGAGUCGAUACAAUCGCAAUCGCAAUCGCAAUCACAGCAAGGACAGCAGCAACGACAGCGCUCACCCACACCCAUACCACCAGACACAAUCGACAAUCAAUCCUACACCAAACCAAGACCAAGACCAAGAUCAAGACCCAGUUCAAGUCCAAGUCCGAGUCCGCCUCGCUCACCACCCAAGGCAAGGGCAAAAAUAACAAAACCGGCGAAACCACCACGGAAACCAUCUAAACCUGUUCUUGAACGAAAGGCGUACCUGGUUACCGAGAUGCAGUCGGGUGCUGUCGCUGUGCCUCCGCGUAUACAAGAGUUGAAGGCGGAGGCGAGGGGUGGGUAG